CUUAAACCAGUUUUAUCUCCUUUAUCUGUUUAUACUUAACAUCAACUUUUGUUUCUGAAUAAAAUAAAAUCCGCGUUAUAUUCGUUCAUUUCUUACAUGUCUGAUUUAGAAGAUUCAGAAUUCUUUAAAGAGCUUGAAAACGAAAUUAAAAAAGAAGAAGAAAGUGUUGUAAUUGAAGAAUCAAAUAAAAAAAGAGUUGAAAUCGAUGUCGAUCGUCAUUCUGGAUUGAGACUAAAGAGAAGACUUGUUUCUAAAGCUAAAUGCGAUAAAGGCUUACAGAAUGUUAAGUAUAUACCCUUAAAAGAUGUCGAAGCACAUACAAGGUUAUAUUAUUCUAUUCGUAUUGGAAUAAAGCCUUCUCCACAUUGGUCAACAAUUGGAAUAAUAGAUAGAUGCUUCCCUCAAUCCGAUUUCUGUGUGACUCGUCUUACUGAUAUGCGUGGCAAUUAUGUAAAUCUUUACAUUACAGGUAAAGCUUAUGUGCAAUUUCAGAAUGAAAUCGGAAUAGGCUCUAUACUUGCUAUCAAGAGACCGUUUUUAUUGAAACCAACAGAGACCUAUUAUUCGAUUGGAUUGCAUGUAAAACAAUUACAACAAAUAUGGGUAAUUGGUCAAAGUUUAGAUUUAGUACAAUGCAAUGCUUAUAUUAAUGAAAACAAAAGAUGCAGUGAAUGGACAGACAUACGUAAUGGCGAAUAUUGUGAUACGCAUUUAGAUCGUUUAUUUAGAUAUUCAAAAAAUAAUCGAAUGGAAUUAGCCUCAGGUGAUAGCGGAUUUGAAAUUCGCUGGGCAUCGCAAAAAAGACAAAAUAACGGAUCAUUAAUUUAUGAAUCGAAAAAACAAAAAUCUAGUCCAUAUUCAAAAACAACUACGAAUAACUUAAGUUUAAAAAUGAAAGAGGCGUAUUUUUUAGAAGGAAAAGGACUUGUUUCAAUCGACGGAACUUUUAUUAAGAAGAAAAUAAUACCAAAUCCAGAAAUAAUGGCAGCUGAAAAGUCAGAAUUAAUAGAGUUUUUGAAAAACAGAAAUGAUACAGGUGCUGAAAUGAUUCGAAAAAUAAAAGGAAUUAUACCAGAAACGCCAAGUAAAAAUAACGAUUAAAAUAUUAUUAUAAUAUAGACACAAUUUUCUAACUUUAGAAAUUUACUUUUAGAAAACGUACUCUCUAAAGACGCCUUAAAUAAAAUAGGUAACUCUAAACAAAUUUUAAGUGAAGAAGAAGAAUUAGCAAAGAAACGAUCGUUUGACGCUUUACUUAGAGCAAAUGCCAAUAACGAUGAUGAUGAUGAUAGUUCUACACUUAAAAAACCUCGUUAUGUAUACCUCUAGUCCAUAAAUUAAUUUUUUAAUAAACCAUGUCAACAUUCCCUUUAAA